AUGGACUCUACACUCGAGACCCCACGACUUCGCCUAAUCCGCCUCACCGACACAAGCGACAACUCCCAGCAUCUGCAAUGGUUCCACCAACUCUGGAACGAUGAUGCAACCACAGCAUGGAGUCUCCACGGCAAAUGCCACACCAUCCAGCAAAGCCAGCAAUGGAUGACCAAGCAGAUGACGGAGAUGGACAACAUCCUCUACGCAGUUUUCGUGAAAUCAGACACCUCUGAGGCAGAUCCAAGCAAUCCAGGAGAACUAGUCGGCAACGUAGGACUGCGGCUGCAGAAAGAAGGACCUUACCUACCUCCGUCACCACCGCCGCAAGAUUCCACCUUCGCUGUUCUCAAGCCGGAGACAGCGGCGCCCGGCAGCACUCCUGGUGAGGCUCCAGCUAAAUCGCUCAACCUCCGAGCCCUUGGUUACGCUUACUUUCAAUCUGCGUGGGGAAAGGGGUACGGAACGGAAGCCGGGAGAGCGGUUAUAGACGCGUAUGCGGCAUCCAUCGCCGAAAAGCAAAAGGAGGGAGAGGAGACCUUUUACAUCGAAGCGACUUGGGAUAAAGACAACCCUGCGAGUAAGAAAGUCCUUACGAAGUUGGGGUUCUUCGAGGUGGGAUGGUUGGUGGAGACAGAGCCGAUUUUUUUAGCGGGAGCGUGGCGAGAUCCAGGACAAUGGAUUUGGGGCCUGUAUUUGUGA